AUGGAGGGGCUGGUGCCACCCGAAGUAUGGAGGGCGGUGCAGGCAUUCCUGGAAGAUGGCAGCGUUGAGGCCGGGGUUUUUAUGCGCGACCUCCUUCGACGGUCAACGUACACUGCGCGUAUUACUCGACAGUGUCUUCCGCCACUUCUUUUUAGAGAGGCGUUCACGAGGUUUAGUGCGGGGGCCUUGCCAGCCUCUUUUUUGCUCCUCGUAGCGAUUCUGAACCGUCUCUUUUGCAUGCAAGCCAUUCCAGACGCGAUGACGCGGCCCAUCAACGACGAGCGGCCAACGGACUUUGCCGACCUGCUGCUGUUUUAUCUGGAGGCGCUUCGCGCCGCCAACCUUCCCGCACCGGUGAUGGAGCAGCUGUACUUGUGUGUCUCCGUGCUGCUCCUGCUGCAGUCCGAUGUGAGUGUGGUGGAAUCCCUUUGUGCCAUUUUUGGCGGUGCUGCCCCUGAGACGACACGAGACACCCGAACUUUCACGAAGUUGUUGGUGGGUGUGAUGAGUGUGUUAAGUGACUCGCGUGUAGCGAUCGGUCCUGUACGUCGCUCGGCGCAGCGAAUGUGCGUACAAAAAAACAUGCAUCUUGUACUCGCCCCCUCCACGGCGGUGGAGGACGUGGGUGCGCAGGCGGCGAUCAUCGUGCAGGGUGUGUCAUUCUUGUCGGAGGGAAACGUGCACGAGCCGCAGGAAAUCGCACCUUUAUUUUGGACCCGAUUAUCAGCCUCUUCUUUCUGGCGGCUGGCUUUGGAGCGGCUGCGGCAAGGGGCCGCAACCGAGGCUAUUGUGGAGGCUGUGUGUGCCGUGCUUCGCGCCAUCACGGUGCUUGACGCCAGUGCUGUGUCACUCCUCUUGACAGCGCUUGAGGCUGUGCUGGACGAGCGAACACAGGCGCCAUUGCUGCACGUUUGCUGCGUUAUCACCUCCUCUCUGGAGUCUGUCGUGGAGGAGGUUGUGGUGCAGUUUGGCACCGACCACGUUCUCUACCAGGCUUUGGCGGCAGGGGCGCUGACGCUGAAACGUAUUUUGGAGCAACCGAAGGCGAUAACAGCGGCGCCGCUGGAUUUUGUGCCGGCGCUCUGCGAGAGCCUCAGCGUCUUGUCCCAAGUCUUGUCGCCUCUUCCGGUGCCGGAGAUGGACCCUACCGAUGACCCUGAUGACUAUGCGAUGGUUGUGGAAGGUAUUCAACGAAAAAAUAAGCAGAAAGAGGAGGCGUUGCUGCGGCUGGAGGAGUUUUUGAAGGGCUGUCUAGCGUCGUUGCUCGUGUGGUUAGAGGGCUUCUCUGCCCAUGAUGUGAACAGCAUUGCGUUGUACGUUGGCCAGAAUGACAACGAUGAAUUUGCUGUUUGGCACGAUGAACCCCCGGUGGCAUUCUUUACGACGUACGAACGGCUGUGCGCAUUGCUUUCCCCUUUUCGAGAUAAUGAGACGCAGGCUCUAGCGGCGCGAGGCUGCCUCACUGUGGCUGCUUGGGAUGCUGAACUCUCCUACCUCGCUGUAAUGGCAGGUGGUGAGGCCGUCUUACAUCGGCAGCGGCAGCUGCAGCAGCAGCAGCCACAGCAGCAACAAAAAGAGGCUCUACUCCUUCCGGUUGUUGUUUCUCGGCAUCAGGGGAAAUGGAGUUCUGAACAGAAGGAUGGAGUGAUUUCGUCACUGGCAGCGCUGUUGCGGGAUGCUGUCAUGACUUUAGGCAAUGUAGCAACUGCUGCCGCCAUCUGUGAGUCCUUGCGUCGGCUGAAUGCACCGUUUCUGCCAGGUAUCCUGGAAUGCCUUUGGCAGGGUCUUCAUUUGCCCUGUGGGAACGAUAAAGCACCGCGCUGUAUGCUUGCUUCAUAUCUAUCGAUGAUACUAGAGCAAGGCUAUGCCUCACUUCCUCCUGGGGCACUUGAGAACUCGCGCCUUGACGAUUAUUCAUUGGCUGAGCUGCGCUCUUGUACGUUGAGCUCCCCGCAAGAAACUUGGUCUGUCAUGGAGUUAUUGCAGCGCAUGGACCCGGACGCAGCCCAGAGCCGUCGUGUAGCUGAGCGAAUAACGAUGUGGGUGCAAGCUGCAGCGGCCAAAGGGUUACUAGGCCUAGAACAGUACACUCAGGUCCUACAGCUGUGGUACACUAUGAAUCCCCUUCACUUUUCUAUAACUUGGCGAUUAAUGCGUGUCCUGCAGCCUACUUCAGCGGCUGGGAUCCUUGCAGAUGCCUUGGAAAGGUUUGUUUCCUGCAAGAAUGAAACAGGGGAUGUGAAUUGGGGUAUUGAGUCUGACUGCUUCUCCCCGUAUGUGUUGGAUACAAUAGCUGCGAGCCCGCAUGCUCCACGUCUUCACAGCAUUCUUUGUUUUCUUAUUGCGAGUGCCAAAAACAUGGAUGAUGGCAAUGCACAGCUUUGCUUGCGUGCGGUGGUGCGAGGCGGCAUUGCUCUUCUGCCGAGUCAGCACUGCAGUCCCAUUCACAAGUUUGAGCUAUUCUAUGCGGCGGCAAAAGAAUACAUCAAGUUGUGUCACGGACUGUGGACUACGGCAUCAUCUUUGGGGGCGGAUGCGGACGAUCUGCUGCGGGAUGUCGCGAAACUUGGCACCACGACGCAGAUGGUCGGGGUGAAGAUUCCGUUGGAUGCCCCGGUGUGGCUGCAGGAGGUGCGAAACGCCAUCGAUGAAUUUGACAUCCAACGCAUCUUGAAGUGCAUUUAA